UUCCAAUUUCUGCUGAUCCGGAUUUCAGGGAGAAGAAGCUGCUUUCCCCCCUCUCUGCUCUGUUUCCUGCAUGACUUCAGCUAUUGGCUAGUCCUAGGAAAGAAAGUGGGAAAAGCUUUUUCCUCUGUAUUCUUUUGGGCUGGAUAGUUUUUCAGAACUCGAGUCUUUCUUGGGCUGUGAGACAAGCCACUGGGUUCUUCAAAGGAUAAACUACCUCCAUAGAGGACAUACCUUUGGUUAAAGGAGCUGCUGUCAGGUGGGAAUGAGAUCUCGAAACCAAGGUGGUGAAAAUUCAUCUGAUGGGCAUAUCUCCUGUCCCAAGCCUUCCAUCAUCAGCAAUGCUGGUGAAAAAAGUCUCUCAGAAGAUGCAAAAAAGAAGAGGAAAUCAAAUAGGAAGGAAGAUGAUGUCAUGGCCUCAGGAACUGUCAAACGACACCUAAAAACAUCUGGAGAAAGUGAACGAAAGACUAAGAAAUCCCUGGAGUUAUCCAAAGAAGACCUCAUCCAACUACUCAGUAUAAUGGAAGGGGAAUUGCAGGCCAGAGAAGACGUGAUCCACAUGCUGAAGACUGAGAAAACCAAGCCUGAGGUUCUGGAGGCUCAUUACGGGUCUGCGGAGCCAGAGAAGGUGCUGCGGGUCCUGCACCGAGAUGCCAUUCUUGCCCAGGAGAAAUCCAUAGGAGAAGAUGUCUAUGAGAAACCGAUUUCAGAGCUGGACAGACUUGAGGAAAAACAGAAAGAAACCUACCGGCGCAUGCUAGAGCAGCUGUUGCUGGCCGAGAAGUGUCACAGGCGCACAGUGUACGAGUUAGAGAACGAGAAGCAUAAACACACUGACUACAUGAACAAGAGUGACGACUUCACCAACCUGCUGGAGCAGGAGCGGGAGAGGUUAAAAAAGCUCCUUGAACAAGAAAAGGCUUACCAAGCCCGCAAAGAAAAGGAAAAUGCUAAACGGCUCAAUAAACUAAGAGAUGAGCUUGUCAAACUCAAGUCCUUUGCACUCAUGUUGGUGGAUGAAAGACAAAUGCAUAUUGAGCAACUUGGCCUGCAAAGCCAGAAAGUACAGGAUCUUACUCAGAAGCUGAGGGAAGAAGAAGAAAAACUCAAAGCCAUUACUUCUAAAUCCAAAGAAGACAGACAGAAACUGCUCAAGUUAGAAGUGGACUUUGAACACAAGGCUUCCAGGUUUUCUCAAGAACAUGAAGAGAUGAACGCUAAACUGGCUAAUCAAGAGUCUCACAAUAGGCAACUUAGGCUCAAGCUGGUUGGCUUAACCCAAAGAAUCGAGGAGCUGGAAGAGACCAACAAAAGUCUACAGAAGGCAGAGGAAGAACUUCAGGAAUUAAGAGAUAAAAUUGCCAAAGGUGAAUGCGGAAACUCUAGCCUCAUGGCAGAAGUGGAAAAUCUUCGAAAGCGUGUGCUUGAGAUGGAAGGUAAAGAUGAGGAGAUAACUAAAACUGAAUCCCAGUGUAGGGAACUGAGGAAGAAGCUGCAAGAGGAAGAACACCACAGUAAGGAGCUCAAACUUGAAGUUGAGAAGCUACAGAAGAGAAUGUCUGAACUGGAGAAAUUGGAAGAAGCAUUUAGCAAGAGUAAAUCUGAGUGCACCCAGCUGCAUUUAAAUCUGGAGAAAGAAAAGAACUUAACCAAAGACCUGCUAAAUGAAUUGGAGGUGGUCAAGAGUCGAGUUAAAGAAUUGGAAUGUUCUGAAAGUAGAUUGGAAAAGGCUGAAUUAAGCCUAAAAGAUGAUCUUACAAAGUUGAAGUCAUUUACUGUGAUGCUGGUUGAUGAAAGGAAAAAUAUGAUGGAAAAAAUAAAGCAAGAAGAGAGAAAAGUGGAUGGACUCAAUAAAAAUUUUAAGGUGGAACAAGGAAAAGUUAUGGAUGUAACUGAAAAACUAAUUGAAGAAAGUAAGAAGCUUUUAAAACUCAAAUCUGAAAUGGAGGAAAAAGUAUGCAACUUGACAAGAGAAAGAGAUGAGUUGAUAGGCAAAUUGAAAAGUGAAGAAGAAAAAUCCUCUGAAUUAAGCUGUAGUGUUGACUUACUAAAGAAGAGACUUGAUGGUAUAGAGGAAGUGGAAAGAGAAAUAACAAGAGGAAGGUCACGAAAAGGGUCUGAGCUCACCUGUCCAGAAGAUAAUAAGAUUAAGGAACUAACACUUGAAAUUGAGAGACUGAAGAAACGUCUCCAACAAUUGGAGGUGGUCGAAGGGGAUUUGAUGAAGACAGAAGAUGAGUAUGAUCAGCUGGAACAAAAAUUUAGAACUGAGCAGGAUAAGGCCAACUUCCUCUCUCAACAACUAGAGGAGAUCAAGCACCAAAUUGCCAAGAAUAAAGCAAUAGAGAAAGGUGAGGUUGUGAGCCAGGAAGCUGAACUGAGACACAGAUUUCGGCUGGAAGAAGCUAAAAGCCGAGACUUAAAAGCUGAAGUACAAGCUCUUAAAGAGAAGAUUCACGAAUUAAUGAACAAAGAAGAUCAGCUUUCUCAGCUCCAGGUAGAUUAUUCUGUACUUCAACAAAGAUUUAUGGAAGAAGAAAAUAAGAACAAAAACAUGGGGCAGGAGGUCCUCAAUCUGACCAAAGAGUUAGAGCUUUCCAAGCGCUACAGCAGAGCUCUUAGGCCCAGUGUGAAUGGAAGAAGAAUGGUGGAUGUUCCUGUGACAUCAACUGGAGUCCAGACUGAUGCAGUCAGCAGUGAAGCAACAGAGGAAGAAACGCCAGCUGUAUUCAUACGGAAAUCCUUCCAGGAAGAAAAUCAUAUCAUGAGCAAUCUUCGGCAGGUGGGAUUGAAAAAACCUAUGGAACGAUCCUCUGUUCUAGACAGGUAUCCUCCAGCAGCAAAUGAGCUCACUAUGAGAAAGUCUUGGAUUCCAUGGAUGAGAAAGAGGGAAAAUGGCCCCUCAAUCACUCAAGACAAAGGGACCCGUACAAAUUCCAGUCCAGGGCACCCAGGAGAGGUAGUCCUUUCACCAAAGCAGGGCCAGCCUCUGCAUAUUCGAGUGACACCAGACCACGAGAACAGUACUGCGACUUUGGAGAUAACAAGCCCGACAUCUGAAGAAUUUUUUUCUAGUACCACCGUCAUUCCUACCUUAGGGAAUCAGAAACCAAGAAUAACCAUUAUUCCAUCACCAAAUGUGAUGUCUCAAAAACAAAAAAGUGGAGAUACUACUCUUGGCCCAGAACGAGCCAUGUCCCCAGUCACAAUUACUACAUUUUCCAGAGAGAAGACCCCAGAAAACGGAAGAGGCGUGUUUGCGGACAGGCCCACAUCCCCUAUUCAGAUAAUGACAGUGUCUACUUCAGCAGCGCCAGCUGAGAUUGCAGUUUCUCCCGAAUCCCAGGAAAUGCCCAUGGGACGGACUAUCCUCAAAGUCACCCCAGAAAAACAGACUGUUCCAACUCCAGUACGGAAAUACAACUCCAAUGCCAACAUCAUAACCACAGAGGACAAUAAAAUUCACAUUCACUUAGGAUCUCAGUUUAAACGGUCUCCUGGCACUUCAGGAGAAGGAGUCAGUCCAGUUAUUACUGUCCGACCAGUAAACGUGACAGCUGAAAAAGAGGUUUCCACCGGCACUGUCCUUCGCUCUCCCAGGAACCAUCUCUCCUCUCGGCCUGGUGCGAGCAAAGUGACGAGCACUAUCACCAUAACACCGGUCACAACGUCAUCUGCUCGAGGAACCCAGUCAGUGUCAGGACAAGACGGGUCAUCCCAGCGGCCUACACCCACCCGCAUUCCUAUGUCAAAAGGUAUGAAAGCAGGAAAGCCAGUAGUGGCAGCCCCAGGAGCAGGAAAUCUGACCAAAUUCGAGCCUCGAGCUGAGACUCAGUCUAUGAAAAUAGAGCUGAAGAAAUCUGCAGCCAGCAGCGCCACCUCUCUCGGAGGGGGGAAGGGCUGAGGGCAGUGGCUAAGGGGAAAGCAUCAUCAUUCACCAGUUACGAAUGAACUCCAGAUGAAAUGGUAAACCAGGCACAUACUGGGUGUGUGUACUUCGUCUGAAUCCCUGUUGAAUGGAUAGCCCUCCAUCAUGACUAAGGUCCUCCAUGCUACUGAUCACUACUGGAAAUAUUUUACUACUUCCAGUGAUUUUUUUUUUUUUAAAGUAUAUAAUGUAAAAGCUGAAAAUGGCCUUGCUGAUAAUAUGAAAAUAUACAGCAAGAGCAAUUCAAUCUUUGUGCCAAAAGAAAUUUCCUUCUGCAAAGCUUUCAGGUCCAUGGGCACAUGCUGUAUAACUUAUUUUUUAUAAUACAUUUGUAAUGUGAUUUUUUUCCUAAAGCGUUUCCUUUUUCAUAGUCUCUGGCACAUAUAUCUGCAGAAUGCACUGUCAGUUAUUCAAAGUAUUGGUAUUGUUGCAUUCAAAAUAGUAACCUAUAAUUAUUUUCUCUUUAUCAAUUUGUUAAUUCUGAAAAAAAGAAAGUACAACUAUAUUUUCUGAGGUAAAUUCAAGAGGUAAAGCUUAGAAGCAGGAGAUCCUGGAAGAGGUUUUACUAUUGCUUGUACAAUGCUAUGGUUCUGAUCAUGAUUCAAUACUAACAAAUAAUGCUCUGACUAAACAGCUUAAUUUUAAAUACUCAAAAUCAGUUUCUAAGUUGUUCAUUCUGGUGUUCUGGGCCAAUAACCUUGGAUGAAUUGAUUUUUAUACAGAAGAAAUUCAUAAAAGGAGAUGCACCAGUUUAACCAAGUAAGGGUAAUAAGAACACCUUUGAUUGACAGUUCAAUUACAUUCUGAUUCCAUUAUUUACUUAUAUGUAUAAGACUUACAAUAGGACUGUUAUAUAAAGAUAGUUCUCACAAUCUAAUCCAAUCAAAACUUGAAAAUAAAAUGUCAGCAUCUUUUUAAAAAAAGAAGACUGGGCAUGGUGGAUCAUUCCUGCAAUCCCAGCACUUUGGGAGGCCAAGGCAGGAGGAUCCCUUAAGCCCAGGAGUUCAAGACCAGUUUGGGCAACACAGUGAGA